GUCACUAUUAGUCGUCGCAACUACAAAGAUGGCAGGCAGCAUGAACGAAGUCAUCCGGUUGUUAAGCGAGUUAAACCUCUCCGAUGACCCCAAAAAGCAAUUGAUAGACUUGAAGGCGACGCUCAUGCCAUUAUCAGCCUCUCGGCUUCAGGGCGUACCUGAAAAUUUGGAGCUAAAUGCCCUCUUUGAUAGCAUCAACAGCUCUGAUGGCGAGCAAGUUGAAUUGGCUGUUGAUGUGUUGGGGCGACUGUUGCCUCUUGUAAGAGCCCAAGAAGUUGUGGAACGGUUCAGUGCUGAGCUGUUGCGUGGUCUACACCACCCACAUGAGAAAGUUCGCAACUUGGUACUCAAGCAAGUGUUGCUAUGCACAGAAAAAGAUGAAGCAGGAAUUGUUUCGGUAAUAACUAAUCGAGGUCUGCUGUUAGCAGUUGUCGGUUGCCUUGGAGACAAAACUCUGGGAGUAGUCAAAGUUUCCACAAAUAUUUUAGUUAAAAUCUGCACUCAAAAUGCAGGGCUAAAUUCUGUAUUUUCCAAUGAAUCAGUUACUGUCAUGCAGGAUGUGAUGGCAAUAUCGGACUCCUGCAGGUUUGCUGUUUAUGAGUUUGUGGUACAAGUGUGUCUCCUGGGUGACAUGUCACUGGGUGUGGUGUCUAACUCUGGACUGCUGGAUCGCCUAACCGAAGAAGUCACAACUGGUGAUGUCCUUACGCAACUGAAUGCUCUCGAGUUGCUGACCCCACUAGCUCUGAACUCUAGCGGGAUGGCUCUCUUGGAUCAAGGGGGCGUAAUUGCAAAGCUUCAGUACCUUCUGUCUCUUGCCGAGAGGGACCCCAUGGCUGCACUUCUUAUGCCAGGAUUGAUCAAAUUCUUUGGAAAUGUGGGCCAUUCUCGACCACGACAGAUGAUAGAGGAAUACAGUUCUGUGGUUGUAAUGGUCCUUCGUCUGGCAUCAGGGUCCCUAGAUUUUGGCGACUCAACACUGCAGAUGGUAGCCAUUCAAACAGUGGCACACAUUGGAAGUUCUCCCGAGGGCAAAUUUGCACUGGCUAAGUUCAAGACAGAAAUAGAGGAAGUCUUGGAUGUUUUAGGCUCAAAGAUGCGAGUGGCUCCCACUGAGCAGCGUGUAUGUGCCCUAGAGGCUCUUGUUCAUCUCUUCACAUUAGAGGUAGAAUACCAGACAGAAGAUUUGACAGGCUUGUUGGAGAUGUGGUGGGCAAGUGUUUGUGGGAUGAACCUAGAGAAGUUAGUGGCUAUUGCUCGUCAGCCAUUCACAGAUAUACACUGUCCUGCCCUUGGACUAAUAAAUGCAUUGGCCAACAUGCCAUGGGGUCAACGAUUCAUUUGUCGUGAGCCAGGGCUUAUUGAAUAUAUACUUGAUCGAAAAACAGAAUCUGAAAAGCCAGGUAAGGAGGCAAAGUGGACUAUUGUAGAAACACUUGUCAAGUCUCCAUCAGCAAGUAGCAUCUUCACAGAAUAUCACAUGGAGCAGUUAGAGAAGUUCUACCGCCAGGGUCCCUUCUUUGUAGAGGCUCAGGUGGAGGUGGCGCUAGAGGAAGGACAGAAUUGAGUAGUGUUAAAACAUUACGCAUGUGUACUCGAUCAGUGAUGACAUUGCAGGGAGGUAUAUAAAUAUGUGUGUGUGUAAGUAUGGAUGUUAUACUCGUGAUGAGAGUUUUUUGGUAGCACUUUAUUUAAUGACAUUACAAUGCAGUAAAAGUAUGCAAACUGUAAUUGUAUGUUUAUAUUAUAUUAUGGCUAUGAAAUUAUUUUACUGAUGUUAUAGAAGGCUAAACAAAUACAAAAAAGGGUUUAAAAACCAAAUAAUUGUUUAAGUACUCCCUUUUUUUCCUCUGGUGUUUAUUGGUAUUUUUGAUUUGCAAUACUGUGUUACAAGUAUAAUAUUUUCUUCCACCUCAUGAAAGUGGGGAAUGGGAUUGCCAGUAAUGUAUGUAAACGUUUGAGAUUUUUACCGCUUCAUUAAUGAGGCAUGCACUUGUUGGUCACAAGCAUUAAUGAAGACUCCAUUGAUUUCAAGUUGUGUUAAUUACAUCUUCAGGUGUUGUGAUUUGACAUGUCGUUUCAUUUUAUAGCUGUUGUGCUUUGGCUAAUAUUUUAUUGUUGUAGUUUUAUGACACAUUAAACUAGAUAUCGUCAUAAUUUGUAUGUAAACUACAACUCGCAAUAAACUGAAUCACAUUCAGCUUUGAAAUGAAAGUCACGUGAGUCUGCUUGGUAGUGUCUGUCUUAAUUCUGGAUAUUUUUUGAGUUGGAGAGUUGAACAAAUUCAUAUGUAUUAGUUAUGUUAGUUUUUGUUAAUCAUUUUAUGUAAAAUAGGCUUUCCUAAUAGUAGACCGUGUCUAUUCAUAAGCUUCACACUUGAAAAAUUAUAGUUGACACGUCUCUGUAUAUUAUCCCUGAUAUACAGGGAUGUCUUUCCCUGAGAUUUUCACUCCCUUUUUGUUUAUACACAAAUUUUUACUAGUUUCCCAUUGUUGGACAACAGUAAGCCUGUUGCCCAACUCUCGGGUAUCUAUUUGCUGCUGGGUGAGCUUGGGCAAAAGGAAAAGCUCCCAAACACUCAAACAUUUGUCCUGUGACGGACCUGGGAUCUUUCGGCUCUGUUUCUCUAAGAGCUGCUCGGGGAGGUCAGUACUAAGCCAAUCAUCACUUUUGCUGAUUAAUGUUCUUUUAUGAUGUUUUUCCAUUUGAUAAUUUGUGAAGUUCCCUCUUUUUGUUGUUGUAAUUGUACUGUAUUUGGAGUGUAUCAUGAAACUAAGUCUUAUUCUUACAAUGGUCAAAUAUUUGAAGCAUUAAUAGUAAAUAUUGAAAAUAGCCAGCAUUCAACAAUUAAAUGUAUGUUGUAGCAUCAUAUUUACUUCAUUUUAAUCAUAUUAUUAUAAAGAAAAUAUAGAUUGGGUAAUGUUUAAGGAGUUGACAUUAUUAAUACUGUACAUCAGAUGUGUUUGUUUUUAUGAGAGCGUAUCUGGACCCUAAACGGGUCCAAGUGCCUUCUGCAAUUUCCUCCUGUGCUUGAAUUGCCAAAUGCAAUUGUUUUGUGAACUAUGUUUUGUUAGGCACACUACGAUGUAAGACUUAAUUAGCUGAGCUAUUAAAGGGUUAAAUGCAUGCAUAAAAUUGGUAAAUAGUGAUUUUUUUACAUCUACAUCAAAUUUGCCAGUGAUAAUUUAUGUAAAAAAAUGUGAAGUUUCCAUUGACUUGCAGUUAUUUUGAACUAAAAUUUAGGUAGAAUCCUUUAUAGAAAAAAAAACUUACAAAUUUCCUUAAUUUUGUUAAUAAACUGUUUUGGGAUUAUUCCAAAACCAUUGUUUUGGGGAAAAGGAUACCUGAUACGGUAUUUAUUUCAAAUACUUUGUAAAUCAUCAGCAAGUAGUGUGACAAAUGCUAGAUUUUAUAAGCUUAAUAUCAAAAUUUAUUCUUUCUACACAUAUAGGCACAUUUACAUAUUCAGUAUAGGCACCUGAUCAUGAUAGGCACAUUUACAUAUUCAGUAUAGGCACCUGAUCAUGCAUAAACACCUGCUUGCAUGCACUCGCAUGUUUAUGUAGUAGCAAUCACAUGUGUUCAGAUAUGGAAAAGCAAUUGAAAAGCUUUCUUCGUGUUUUCAUAGUUUAAUUUUGACUGGCAGUAUGUUGUUAAUAUCCUUCAGGUAUACUACCAUAUGCAGUAUACCAAACUGAUCACAUGAGUAUAAUUCGGUACCUACGUGAUGUACUUUUGAUUUGUUUCGAGUUAGGCAUUAUGUUCAUCUGUUGACAAAGGAAUAAAUCUCAGCCAAUGGGUUAGAUGGAUGAAUUCACUUGGCUAAUUUGAAUAUUAUAUUUGUACUUUAUGUAAAGUUAGCCAACUGAACCAAAUAUUUCCACUUAGAAUACAUAAGUAUCUAGAGGAAAUUAUUUUAAUUUGAUCUGAUUUAAGAGGAGAACAAUUCCUUUUAGUUAAUGAAAUUUAUAAUUUAAGAGCAAUUGUUGCACAAGUUUAAUUUAUUUGCUGUUUUGUGAAUUGUUUUUUUUUUCUUCAUUAAAAGUGCUGCAUAUGCUUUGGGUUCACCAAUUAAGCUGUUGGUUAUCUUGUUUUACAAACGUUGUUUUUCCUGCUGGAAUGUUUUGUCUGAAGUUAGUGUUCCCCAAACGGUGACUUUUUUUUUUUUGUACUGUACAGUAUAUAUUUUGAGAGUGCUGUGAUAAUAUAUGAAAUGGUGGGCAUACAUCAUCACAUAGUUUUGUAAUAAAAUCAGCAAAUGAUGA